GGUAUUUUUCUCAAAUGUUCUUCUUGUUAACCUUUUCUUCGUGGGUAAAAAAAAAGUGUCCACUUAUCAAAUCAAGAAAGAAUUAACCUUAUUUUUCCAUAUUUGCCCCUCUUCAGUGCUAUAUGAUCAAAUCCCAAUACCUAUUUAAUUAGGGACAGUUUAGUCAAAUUACUUUUUUUUUUUCUAGGAGUUAGUAUUUUCUUAAGAGGUGUGCAAAUGGCUAAAGGGACACUCUUUUUGAUCUGGAGGGAGUACGUUAUUUGGAAAUAUUACAAGUCCUUUGAUAGCAUGUUCUGGAGACAUUGAUUGGAUAAAAUUCAUCUAUUUUUGUAUGUAAUUUGCACAAAUAUAAUUGAAGAACCAUCAUGCCGUCAGUUUUUUGGGGUUUGGUUGAUUUGUUCACAGGGAGCAAUGAAUGCUUAUGCUGUCACUGUAAUUUCUUUAUGGUUGUCGUUUAAAUAGUAUGAAGUUCUUUAUUGUUUCAAGUAGCCUAACAUUUAGGUGUCCAUUUCUUACCUUUUCUAAACUCACUAUACCAUCCAUCCCCCUAGAAUCCAAAAAUGGUAGUUAAUCUUUUUUUGUUCUUGUAGAAGUUCAUCUUUUUCAUCUUUUAAUCUGACUUUAGGAUCACACAUAGUAACACCUAGGCAGUAUUUUUUAGCAUUUUAUUUUCCUUUGUCGGAGGACAAACAUAGAGAUAGUGGGCAGUUUGAAAUUACUCCCUUUGUCCCAAUUUAUGUGGCACGCUAUAGGCUGUCUACAUCACACCCUUGGGUGCUGCCCUUCCCCAGACCGUGCUAACGCUGGAUGCUUUGUGCACCGGCGUGUCCUUAUUUUACUUUCCUUAUUUUACUCUCCUUAUUUUACUCUCUUUUUUUAGUCUGUCCCAAAAAUAAUGUCGCGUUUCUAUAAUCAAAAAAUAACUUAACUUUAAAAUUUCCCUUUACCCUUAAUGAAAUGAUUUUUAGCCACACAAAUGUCUAAGCUUUAUUUUAGACUACAAAUUUCAAAAGUCUUCCUUUCUUUCUUAAACUUUGUGUCAAGUCAAACAAUGUCACAUAAAUUGGAAAGGAGGCAGUAAGAAACAUUGUUUCUGUGCUGAGAAUUAAUGCACUGAAUUUAGUGCAUUUGUGUUGGUCGAGUGCUUUUACCAACUUAUUCUAUCUGAUCAAUCAUUUUUCACAAUGGAUCACAAAUAUCUCGGAGUGAGGAUUCUAUGAAGUUCUUAUGCUGAUAAAAGAAAGGUUUACUCGUGUGAUUGAUUCAUAUUACUAGAAAUUUUGAAUGGUAUGCCAGAUUCAUGACGUUGGAGUGUUAGAGUGAUUUCUCAAAUAGACAAUUAGAAGGAAAGAUCCCCGAGGAGAUUGGAGGCCUUCAAUAUUUAAAAACCCUUUAUUUGAAUGGAAACAAGUUGCGUGGAUCAAUUCCUGAACCGUUCAAAAAUCUGAAGAAGCUAUUGUACUUUUCCCUCUGUGAUAACUCAUUGGAAGGACCCAUUCCACCUUUCAUUGGUGAGAUGAAAUCUUUAAACAGCAUACUUCUGUGCAAAAACUUCUUCAAUCAAACAAUUCCUCCAAAAUUGGGUUCUCUCCCAUCUUUGGAAAAUUUAGACUUGGGCCAUAAUUUGUUCUCAGGGAAAAUUCCAGACGAGCUGGGAAAUAUUAAGAGCCUCAUUAGAUUGUACCUGGUGGAUAAUCAACUCUCGGGUGUACUCCCGGUCAAGCUUGGAGAUCUUGUGAAUCUAGAGGAGCUGCACUUGCAGAACAAUGAAUUUAUUGGUGCCUUGCCGCCGAGCUUCAAGAGUUUAAAGAAACUGACGUACUUCGAUGUGCGAGGGAACAAGCUCAAUGAAACAAUUCCGGAUAUUUUCGAACAGUGGCAAGAUCUGCGUAUCUUGAAUCUGAUGGGGAAUAGUUUUUCUGCACCUUUGCCUGGCCAAAUCUCAAAGCUGAAGAGUCUAACGGAACUGUAUAUCAGUGACUUAGUUGGAAAAAGCUACUCAUUUCCAGAUUUAUCUGGAAUGGAAUUUUUGAGAAUUUUGACAUUGAGGAAUUGCUCAAUAGAUGCCAACAUCCCUAUUUGGAUAUGGAAGCUAUCUUCCCUACACUAUCUGGACUUGAGUUUCAAUAGUUUGUUUGGUGCAAUUCCAGAAGCUGUUAACCCCUCGUUAAAUCAUAUAUUUCUGAGAAGAAAUAAGCUCAAUGAGACAAUUCCAUCUUGGAUGAAUGCUAGUUCAUACGUGGAUGUUUCUGAAAAUCAAUUCAAAAAUGUAAACAUAUGCCCCGGAAAGAAGCUAAACCCUGACUUGAAUCUGUUUGCGUGUUGCCCCAAUGAAACGGAUGAGGUUGCAAAGGGGGACCAAGUUGAUUUCCAUUUUAAGAAUGGAACUCAGUUCUGUACUCAGUUCUAUGACCAUUUGUAUAUAAACUGCGGUGGUGAUUCUGUCCAUGUUAACGGAACUGACUAUGAAGCUGAUGUACAUCCACGUGGUCAAUCAACUUUCUUCAUGAGUAACAGCUCAAAUUGGGGCUAUAGUAGUAUGGGAAGCUUCUUAUGGGCAAGACAUAAUCGUUACACUCUAAAUGAGACCUGCGAAAUUCAUGCUGGUGAUGCCCAAUUGUAUCGUACAGCACGUUUAUCCCCAAUCUCCUUGAAAUAUUAUGGAUUUUGUUUGAAAAAUGGUGAGUACAAAGUGAAUCUUCACUUUGCUGAAAUAUCUAGUAGAAACACCAAAGAUUCGCAUAGCAAAGCAUGGCGACUCUUUGAUGUAGAUAUCCAGGAAAAAAAUGUGCUGAGAAACUUCAACAUAGAAAGAGAAGCGAAAGGUGUGAAUAUGGCUAUAACAGAGGAACAUAUCACUUUUGUGAAUGACAAUAGACUGGAGAUUCACUUAUACUGGUCUGGAAAAGGGUCUGUCAAAUACCCAUCAGUGUACUAUGGGCCCCUUAUAGCUGCAAUUACAGUAACUCUAGUUCAAUCAGAACUGUCCAAAGGAGUGCUUGCUGGAAUUUCAGGAUUUGCAUUACUUCUUCUAAUAUUGUUCAUAGGUUUUUCCUGGAGAUUCCAAGACAAAUUACGUCGGGAAGAGCUAGAACUUGUUGAAUUGUACCCUGGAGGGCUUUACAACUUUCGGAAAAUUAGAGCUGCCACAAAGAAUUUUGGUGUUGAUAACCGGUUUGGUGAGGGAGGUUUUGGGACUGUCUAUAAGGGCACUCUUGCGAAUGGGACUGCCAUCGCAGUUAAAAAGCUUUCGGCAACAAAAGAAGGAAUGUACGAGUUUGUGGAAAAGAGUCGAGCAAUUGCUGGCAUGAAACAUCCAAAUCUUGCAACACUAAUGGGAUGCUGUGCAGGUGACAACCAGCUUCUGCUUAUCUAUGAGUACAUUGGAACUAACUCUCUUGAAGAUGCAUUAUUUGGUUCAGACGAACUUAGAGAAAGACUAGAUUGGCCAACAAGGUAUAGAAUUUGUCUUGGCCUAGCAGAAGGUUUAGCUUUCCUUCACGGGGGGUCCAAACAGGAAAUUAUACACGGGGAUAUUAAACCAGCAAACAUUAUUCUUGAUGACCAACUAAAUCCGAAGAUAUAUGACUUUGGAUUUGCAAGGCUUUAUCACAAGCAAAAGUUGGAAGGAACACUGUCAUACACAGCGCCUGAAGUUAAAGAUCACCCCUUAGAAGCUAGCGCAGAUGUGUAUAGCUUUGGAGUUGUCACACUUAUACUUAUCAGUGGAAGGAAAGUCACGACCCCGAGGGCAGGUGGUGACACUGAAUACCUCGUGGAGGAGGCACAGGUAAAGGAUCAGAGGGGAACUCUAAUGGAUCUAGUCGAUAAUAAGCUUCUAGAAUAUGACUGGGAAGAAGCAGAUAUGGUUCUAAGAUUAGCAAUGAAAUGCAUAAGUUCACGCCCAUUCAGACCGACAAUGUCUACAGUCGUGAAGAUUCUAAAGAAAGAAUGCUCAAUCGAGACGAUUAAGCCAAAGCUGGGUGAUUCUCCAUACAGAAAAACCAAAUCAUGUUUGCUUUUCUGAAAAAACUCUACCCAGAUAGAGAAGUAAAGGAGUAUCAUAUUUGCUUUAACAGUGUGCUUGACUAAGCGCGGGGCUAGAAAUGGACUUAAGCAUUACGCGUUCGGCUGAACUUAGUUGGUCCGUAAAUUUGUGUUGUAAAUAUCACUAAAUAUGUGCAAAUUUUAAAUUCAGAGUCCAGUUAUUCGCACUUGAAGUUGUUAUUGUAAAAUUCAGAACCCAUAAAAUUCAAAUCCUGGAUCUGUGUCGACAUGACUAGUGUGCUAGUACUCACCUAGAUUUGAUAUAUAAGGGCUUGCUAGGUUAUGUAAAAUUUAUGGUUGUGGUGCCUUGUUGAGUUAGAACCUUGUUGUAUCUAUUAAAGAUGAUGAGAUAUAAUGAGAAUAAAUGUUUUGCUGAA